AUGAAUGCUAAUAAAGAUGAGAGACCAAAGUCCAAAAGCUACUAUUUUUACUUUUUUCAUGCCUUGAUGAUGUUAAGCAUGACCAUGCUGUUUCUUCCGGUCAUUGGAACUUCUAAGCAAAAUAUUCCACGGCUCAAGCUAACCUACAAAGACUUGCUGCUUUCAAAUAGCUGCAUUCCCUUCCUGGGGUCAUCAGAAGGACUGGAUUUCCAAACAAUUCUGUUAGAUGAGGAGAGGGGCAGGCUGCUGCUGGGAGCCAAGGACCAUAUCUUCCUGCUCAAUCUGGUUGACUUAAACAAAAAUUUCAAGAAGAUUUAUUGGCCGGCUGCAAAGGAGCGGGUGGAAUUAUGUAAAUUAGCUGGGAAAGAUGCCAAUACAGAAUGUGCAAAUUUCAUUCGAGUCCUUCAACCCUAUAAUAAAACUCACAUUUAUGUGUGCGGAACUGGAGCAUUUCAUCCAAUUUGUGGAUAUAUUGAUCUUGGAGUCUACAAAGAGGAAGUUAUGUUCAAACUAGACACACACAAUUUGGAGUCCGGCAGACUGAAAUGUCCUUUUGAUCCUCAACAGCCUUUUGCUUCAGUAAUGACAGAUGAAUACCUCUACUCUGGAACAGCUUCUGAUUUCCUUGGCAAAGAUACUGCAUUCACGAGGUCCCUUGGGCCUACUCAAGACCACCAUUACAUCAGAACUGACAUUUCAGAGCACUACUGGCUCAAUGGUGCCAAAUUUAUUGGGACUUUCCCCAUCCCAGACACCUAUAAUCCAGAUGAUGAUAAGAUAUAUUUCUUCUUUCGUGAAUCAUCUCAAGAAGGCAGUACUUCAGAUAAGAUGAUUCUUUCUCGAGUUGGAAGAGUUUGUAAGAAUGAUGUAGGAGGACAACGCAGCCUGAUAAACAAGUGGACAACUUUUCUUAAGGCCAGAUUGAUUUGCUCAAUUCCUGGAAGUGAUGGGGCAGAUACUCAUUUUGAUGAGCUCCAAGAUAUUUACUUACUCCCCACAAGAGAUGAAAGGAACCCUGUAGUAUAUGGAGUCUUUACCACAACCAGCUCCAUCUUCAAAGGCUCUGCUGUUUGUGUGUAUAGCAUGGCUGACAUCAGAGCGGUUUUUAAUGGCCCAUAUGCUCAUAAGGAAAGUGCAGACCAUCGCUGGGUGCAGUAUGAUGGAAGGAUUCCUUACCCCAGACCUGGAACUUGUCCAAGCAAAACCUAUGACCCACUGAUCAAAUCCACCCGAGAUUUUCCGGAUGACGUCAUCAGUUUCAUCAAGCGGCACCCUGUGAUGUAUAAGUCAGUAUAUCCAGUUGCAGGAGGACCAACAUUCAAGCGAAUCAAUGUGGAUUACAGGCUGACGCAGAUUGUGGUGGAUCACGUGGUGGCAGAAGAUGGCCAGUAUGAUGUAAUGUUUCUUGGAACAGACAUUGGAACGGUCCUAAAAGUUGUUAGCAUUUCAAAGGAGAAGUGGAAUAUGGAAGAGGUAGUACUGGAGGAGUUGCAGAUAUUCAAGCACUCAUCAAUCAUCUUGAACAUGGAGUUGUCUUUGAAACAGCAACAAUUGUACAUUGGUUCCCGAGAUGGAUUGGUUCAGCUCUCACUGCAUAGAUGUGACACUUAUGGGAAAGCUUGUGCAGACUGUUGUCUCGCCAGAGACCCCUACUGUGCCUGGGAUGGAACUUCAUGCUCUCGAUAUACACCCACUUCAAAAAGGCGAGCUAGACGCCAAGAUGUUAAGUAUGGAGACCCAAUCACCCAGUGCUGGGACAUAGAAGAGAGCAUUACUCACGAAGCUGCUGAUGAAAAGGUGAUUUUUGGCAUUGAAUUUAAUUCAACUUUUCUGGAAUGUAUACCUAAAUCCCAACAAGCAUCUAUUAAGUGGUAUAUCCAGCGGGCAGGAGAGGAACACCGAGAGGAGUUGAAACCCGAUGAAAGGAUCAUCAAAACAGACUACGGGCUACUGAUCCGGAGCCUGCAGAAGAAGGACUCUGGGAUGUAUUCCUGCAAAGCGCAGGAGCACACGUUCAUCCACACCGUGGUGAAGCUGACCCUGAACGUCAUUGAGCACGAGCAGAUGGAGAACACGCAGAGGGCCGAGCACGAGGAGGGGCAGGUCAAGGACCUGCUGGCCGAAUCGCGGCUGCGAUACAAAGACUACAUCCAGAUCCUCAGCAGCCCCAACUUCAGCCUGGACCAGUACUGCGAGCAGAUGUGGCACCGGGAGAAGCGGCGGCAGCGCAACAAGGGCGCCCCCAAGUGGAAGCACAUGCAGGAGAUGAAGAAGAAGCGGAACCGGAGGCAUCACCACCACGGAGAGGGGCUGCCCAGGGCGGUGGCCACGUAG